UACGAAUUGUGGAAAUUAUGGAGACGCCAAUAUUAAAUACGGCUGGUAAGGAUUUCCAGGUUGCUGGCGUAUCGCGCAGCGGACGCGUUCGGAAGAAGUCGUCCAAACUGUUGGAUUUUGAAUCGCCAGAGGAAAUCGAAAAGAAAACAAAGCGACAAGUGCGUCAACCCCCCCGUUAUCAUGGUCGCGGCAGGCCGCCAAAUGCUUUACGAGAACGGGAACAUGAGCCAAAUUUUGAGGAACCUGUCUCGGAAACGGAAUCACAGUCACCUAUGCCAGGCGAUGUGCGUGGUAUCCUGAUGAAUUCCGAUGAUGAGUUAGACACACUUGUCCAGGACUUGGUCGAUGGCGUCGAGGCGGAGGCCACCAACCAGUCGAGGGUUCGUCAAAGCCUAUAUAUGCGCGAGAAGACAAACAAACGCAAAAUCUUAAAAGAUGGCAAACUCGUUACGGGCAAAAUGCAGAGGAAAGACAAAGGCAAGUCACGGUACACAGCAUAUAGUCUAUGGGCACGGGACGUGCGAAAACGGGACUUUCAGGAUUUGGACUUUGCCAAUGCUGCGCGCCGUUUGAGCGAACUCUGGGCGAACGUAUCCAAUAAAGACAAGAACGCCUGGCGACGAAAAGCCAAAAUUCAGGCGACAAAGGCUCGAUCUCGUGAAAAGGCUACACCACCGGGAAAUGCAAACAACGCAGCCCCAGUAAUACCCAGCAAUGGCAAUGUCCCGGACUCGCUAUUCAUGAAUCGGGCCACAACGAGCCGCACCAAGAAACUGGCAGCCGAGCGUCGGCAGCCACCUGACACCAACGACAGCACCAACAGUAAGCCACCGAACAGUAGACGCAACACCACGAAUCGUGGAAGGGCCAACGCCGCUGCUGUUGGCGGCGGCCAACCUUACACAUCUGCAGGUGGCAGCAAACAAGGAACGAGUAUAUCAACAGGCAUGGAGGUGGACAUUGCUACAACGGCCAAAGGCACUCAUGUAUCCAGCAUAGAGGCUAUUGAUGCGGCGGCGCAUUUGAAGCUGCUUGGCGAGAGUUUGACGGUGAUUGGGGAGCGUCUGAAGGAGCAUAACGGCCAUGUUGCGCUCUCGGGCAGCCUAUCCGUGCUGCUUGACAGCCUGCUCUGCUCCAUGGGACCCUUACUCUGCAUGACCACACAAAUACCCGGCCUAGAGAAUAAGACACAGCUGUGCAAAAAUCUGGCGACAACCCUCGAUAAUAUUGCCUAUGUAAUGCCUGGACUGUAAUGACGGGCGAAAGUUCAACGACUUUCACAAAGCAAAACGAAAUGAGAAGAAGAUGCUUGGCAGCUCCGAGGCUUCAAUGCUCCGACGCUCUGUUGUGGAGGCAGCCAGCCAAUCCUUUCAUACCCAAGCAGGAUGUGAAUAUGAAUGUAUUUAGUGAAUGGAUGAUGCAAAUGGAAGCCUCCUAGCAGUGCAAAUAAUGUGCAAGGGGAUUGUAUUUUGCGGCCAAUUCUCAUGAUGGUGUUGCGCUUGUUAUUUCCCCCCUUCUGUAUAAAGCAAAAUUAGAACUCAUUGUACAAUUAUAAAUAAGUGAUAAGCCCUAUCUAUAUGCAUACCCAAUACACAAAUAAGGUAUACAA